UGGUCCUUUGAGGGGCAGAUUGUGGGCAGAAUGGAAGACCGCACCAAGGCAGGCUCUGAAGCAGGGCUAGGGGACCAGAAAGCCCUCAUUGACAACCUUGCCGACAUCUUGGUCAUUGCCGCCUACUUCCUUCUGGUCAUUGGUGUUGGCUUGUGGUCUAUGUGCAGAACCAAUAGAGAUACUGUUGGUGGCUACUUCCUGGCAGGACGAAGCAUGGUGUGGUGGCCGGUUGGAGCAUCUCUCUUCGCCAGCAACAUUGGCAGUGGCCACUUUGUGGGCCUGGCAGGGACUGGUGCAGCAAAUGGCUUGGCGGUGGCUGGAUUUGAGUGGAAUGCGCUGUUUGUAGUGCUGCUGCUCGGCUGGCUCUUUGUGCCUGUGUACCUGACCGCAGGGGUCAUCACCAUGCCGCAGUACCUGCGCAAGCGCUUUGGAGGCCAUCGCAUCCGCCUCUACCUGUCUGUGCUCUCCCUCUUUCUGUACAUCUUCACCAAGAUCUCGGUGGACAUGUUCUCGGGGGCAGUAUUCAUUCAGCAGGCCCUGGGUUGGAACAUCUAUGCUUCUGUCAUUGCGCUCCUGGGCAUCACCAUGAUUUACACUGUGACAGGGGGGCUGGCGGCGCUGAUGUACACUGACACCGUGCAGACCUUCGUCAUUCUUGCGGGGGCCUUCAUCCUCACCGGUUAUGCUUUCCACGAGGUGGGCGGGUACUCUGGGCUCUUCGACAAAUACCUGGGAGCAGUGACUUCACUCACCGUGUCCGAGGAUCCGGUUGUGGGCAACAUCUCCAGCUCCUGCUAUCGGCCAAGGCCUGACUCAUACCACCUGCUUCGGGACCCUGUGACAGGGGAUCUGCCGUGGCCCGCACUGCUCCUGGGGCUCACCAUUGUCUCGGGCUGGUAUUGGUGUAGUGACCAGGUCAUCGUGCAACGCUGCCUGGCUGGAAAGAACCUGACGCACAUCAAGGCAGGUUGCAUCUUGUGCGGCUACCUGAAGCUCACACCCAUGUUCCUCAUGGUCAUGCCUGGGAUGAUCAGCCGCAUCCUUUACCCAGAUGAAGUGGCAUGCGUGGUGCCUGAGGUGUGUAAGCAGGUGUGUGGCACGGAGGUGGGCUGCUCCAACAUCGCCUACCCGAGGCUCGUGGUGAAGCUCAUGCCGAAUGGUCUGCGUGGACUCAUGCUGGCUGUCAUGCUGGCGGCGCUCAUGUCCUCACUGGCCUCCAUCUUUAAUAGCAGCAGCACGCUUUUCACCAUGGACAUCUACACGCGCCUGCGGCCUCGUGCGAGCGAUGCGGAGCUGCUGGUAGUUGGCAGGCUCUGGGUGGUGUUCAUCGUAGCAGUGUCAGUGGCCUGGCUCCCAGUUGUUCAGGCUGCCCAGGGCGGCCAGCUGUUUGAUUACAUCCAAUCGGUCUCCAGCUACUUGGCACCGCCCGUGUCAGCUGUGUUUGUGCUUGCGCUCUUUGUGCCCCGAGUUAAUGAAAAGGGUGCCUUCUGGGGACUAAUUGGGGGCCUGGUGAUGGGCCUAGCUCGCCUCAUUCCCGAGUUCUCCUUCGGUUCGGGUAGCUGUGUGAAGCCCUCAGCGUGCCCUGCACUCCUCUGCCGGGUCCACUACCUCUACUUUGCCAUCAUCCUCUUCAUCUGCUCUGGCCUCCUCAUCCUCAUCAUCUCCUUGUGUACUGCACCCAUCCCACAAAAGCACCUCCACCGCCUGGUUUUCAGUCUCCGGCACAGCAAGGAGGAGCGGGAGGACCUGGAUGCUGAUGAGCCCCAAGGCCCAGCUUCUCCUCCUGUACAGAACGGAUGCCCAGAGCAUGCCGUGGAGAUGGAGGGUAAGACUAACUGCUGGCCUUGGUUUCUCUCAGAGCCGCAGUUGCCAGCCCCAGGCCCCUUCCGCCGGUGCCUGCUCUGGUUCUGUGGCAUGAGCAAGGGUGGGGCAGGGGGCCCUCCACCCCCGACGGAGGAGGAGGUGGCGGCAGCAGCCAGGCGGCUGGAGGACAUCAGUGAGGACCCUAGAUGGGCUCGUGUGGUCAACCUCAACGCCCUGCUCAUGAUGACAGUGGCCGUGUUCCUCUGGGGAUUUUAUGCAUGAGUUCAAAUGUGUUGGACACCAUGAACCACACAAGCAGGGCAUUAAAAAGGCUGUGCCUUGUAAAAUGUGGGGAUGUGAGGCAGCUGGCAGUGGUUCCCAGAAAAGGGGAAGGGGCAGAGGAAGGGUGGGAAGGCCCCAGGUUCCCUUCUGUCUGCCUGGGGUCCAAUCCAGCUCAUUGGCAGUCACUUCUCAUGAGGUGAGUGGCCAACUGGCCACAGUAAUGUGCAUGAGCAAAAAUAAAGUUGUCUUUCCU